GUGACCACCACAGUUUCCUGUUACUAUUGUAUUAUAUUUCCAUGUUUUUCACCUGAAACAGCGGCUGCAAUGUAAAGUCAAAGGUCGGGGCCGUGUCUGUCGUGAGUUUUGUCCCUCAUAUAAAGUAUAUUUAAGCGCUGCCACGUCGCUAGAGCCAGCGGGCGGAGACAUGGCCAACUGUGUGGCUUUCCAGAGUAAGUUAACCUCCAUCAUGGAGAUGCUAGCUAAAGCCGCCGUGUUGGAAAUCAGUAAACUGUGGGAGGACGGCUUCGCACUGGUCCAGGUCGAGCUGCGGCGGAGGGAGAGCGAGAUUGAAGCUCUGAACAGAAAGUUAAUGCUGAUGGAAAACGAACGGCUGACGGUCCUGUCUCAGGCUCAAACUCCAAAUCUGUCCCCGGGUGCUCCUUCCAAGAGGGAGCCUCAGAAGAAGGUACUGCCGCUCACCGGCGACGGGCCUGUUAUAAACUCAGUCCAGACUCUGUCUUCUGAGCCGAGCGUCCGAGAAAAGGCCGACGCCCCAGCUGGUCACCAAACCCUGCCUGUUCCUGUGGAGGAGAACCAAGAGGAGCCGCUGAAGCCAGAUCAGUGUGACGCCGACAGCAGAGACGACGACGAGGACUUCAUAGUGAAGCUGGAGGAAGAGGACGACGUCCAGAUCGUGGAGCAGGUUCUGGACUCUGAGCCCGGCGCCAACGAUGGAGUCUGUCAUCAGCACGAGAUGGACCUGACCCACCCCCCAGCCGCCGAGGGGGAGGAGCCAGAAAGCCAGCCGUGGUCUUUGGUGUCGGUAGGAGACAGCGACACAGCCGACGACUCCGACUGCUUUUUCGAACCCAAGAACUUACCACAGAAUCUGGACUCGGAGAUCCUGCUCAUUCAGAACGCCCUUGACAUCAUCGAUAAUUCUGCAGGCGAAACGGCCCAGUCAGACAGAUUCACGAGGGACAGUGGGACGCUACAAGGUGCAUCGAGUAAAACCAGGGCUCCUGGGACGUUCGGUCAAGCGCAGCCCUGUCAACCUAUAGAAUCAAUACAUCCAGAGAGAGGAGUGGCCAUAAGGUUCCAGUCAGAGAAACAACAUCAGACUAAUAAAAACACAGCCGCUUUCAACCCAGACAGCAGAUUCUUCCUGUUUAAUGACAAUGACUUGCAUAAAAGCGUAGCGAGUCGACGCAUCAAGGAGAAGUGGUUCAUCUGCCCGUUCUGUGGGAAGAGCUUCGAUCGUGUCAGCCAUCUGGAGAUCCACCAGCGAAUUCACACCGGAGAGAAACCAUACACUUGUGAUACAUGUGGCAAGUGCUUUUCUCAGAGGAGUAACCUUCGCACUCACCAACGGACUCACAAAGAGGUUUUAGCCCAAAAUCCUGUUUGAUUCAACAGGAUUUUUACUUUAUCGCCAGCAUCUCUGCCUAGAUUAACAGACAAAAUACUUUUGUAUUUUGGUAAGACUGACAAAUAAUGUAGCUGACUGAUUUUACUGUGCACAUUUUUUACCCCUAACAUGCAGCAGAUUGGGUUGAAAUACUAGAUUUGUAUUUGUUACUUAGGAACUGUUUCAUCCAUCCACUUUAUAUAAACAGUAGGAACGUCCAGCUGACAUCCAAUCACAGAUAUUUAUAUGUCAGAUAAUGGCCCUCAUGCAGCAACUCAGUCUUGUCAUUUUCUGUUAAAGCUCCAGUGCGUAUGAUUGAAGGGGAUUUGUUGGGGUCUGGUGGAAAAUAUUCAGGAUUAUGUUUUCAUUAGAAUAUAAGCAUGUGAAAAUGAGAAUUGUUAUCCUUACCUCAGAAUAAGUUUAGUAGUAGUAUAAGUUUAUUCCUGCAGAGCUGGUCGCCAUUCACAACUAACUACAGAUGCAACAAAAACAAGUGUUCAGAGAACGCAAACCUCCGCCAAGCACCCCGAAUGCUGUGCAUGUGUGGAUCGACUAUUUGUUUUUAAAUUCAACAGUUUCCAGGUUGUUCCAUACA